UGCAGCGCAUGCGCAGAGGUGUUCUAGCGUUGAGCUGAGGUGGACGUGUUUCAUUGUAAAAGUUGCACUAAAGUGUAUCUACAGCCCAGAAACGGUUAAAAAAGAUUAGACUCCGACUCCACAAUGAUCCGGAUAGCCGCAUUCCUGACUCUGCUGGUGGUUAGUGCCUGUUCUGGGGAGAGCUGCACAGACCCAGUCAUCACCCCGUCGGCCUACACCACGAAUGACGCCGUCAUCUCCUCCGAGUCCGUGUUCAUCGUGGAGCUCAGCCUCACCUGUGCCAACGGAGCACAGAGUGUGACUCUCUACGCUGAUGUCAAUGGAAGGCAGUUCCCGGUGACCAGAGGCCAGGAUGUUGGCAAAUAUCAGGUGUCCUGGAGUCUUCCUCACAAGCAGGCCAGCUCUGGAACAUACCAGGUCAAAUUCUUUGAUGAGGAGUCCUACAGUGCCCUGCGCAAGGCUCAGAGAAACAAUGAAGAUGUAAAUUCCAUCCAACCUCUCUUCUCUGUCAAUAUUGACCACAGGGGAGCAUGGAAUGGCCCAUGGGUAUCAACGGAGGUGGUGGCUGCCCUAAUUGGUAUCUUGUUGUAUUACAUGGCCUUCAGUGCCAAGAGCACCAUCCAAGCGUAAACUGAUCUACGCCCACUUUUUGGACACUGGUUCAUUAAAGACUGAAUCGUGGUGGAGCUCGACUAACAGUCCAUCAUCCAGUGUUGCAGGGGAAUCAACACCAUCCUGCAUCUUGGUCUGCACUUGGAUCAAAAAGCAAACGUGGCGGUCCUUUUUUUUACUUUUUUUUUUUUAAAUUCAGACUGUAUCUGAUCAGGCUCGCCAACUUUCCGAUUAAUUUAGCUGCAGGCCAUCCUAGCUGUGUUUUUUCUUCUUUUUUUUAAAUUGUCAAACCUAUGACCCUGGACUGAACUAAUAAUAAAGAGAGAAACAAAAAACGCAAACUUGGGCAGAUAUCCAAGUUGGGCGUUCCAAGCACAAGAAGUUAAAAUGACUGUGCUGGCAGGCCAGAACAGGCCUUCAUUCCCUUGUCUCUUGCAAGAAAAUGAAAAUAAAUAUCCUGUUCUAAUUAAAUAUGUUGGUUCUGCUCCUGUAUAAAUUAGUUUUUUUCCAAAAACAA